AGGUCACAACUCAAGGACUGGUCCCCUGAAUCAGAGAUGACCAGCUCUGGCUGGGAGGAAUGGAAGGCAGUUUGUGCCCAAACCCCUCGCUCACCUACUUCAGGCUGCACUGGGCUGGGAGGGGACCUGAUCGCAAGGGGUGGGAGCAGAAACACACAAAAAACCUGGGAGCCUGUGAUACUAGACCGAGCCUGGGUUCUCCAAGAGGUCUAGGGAUCAAGGCUUUUAGCCAGUGGGCCCUGGCCCGAGGCCACCUCAGGAAACAAGUCUGUGAGGUCUGCUGAGGGCUAGGCAAGUAGAACCCUGGCUCUGUGUGAGGUGAGGCUUGGUUGCCAGGUGACUGUCCCUGGGCAGCCACCUGCUGUCAGAUUCUACUUGCUGUGCUUGCCCCUUGGCUGCAGCCACUCUGGUACCACUCUUUCCCUUGCCACCAUGUCACGGCAACUCAAUAUGGACACACUGCGGCAGAACUUCUGGAAGGAGGAAUAUCUGAGGGAGAAGAUGUUGUACUGUGAAUGGCACCGCAAGUAUGGGUCAAUGGUGAAGGCCAAGCAGAAGGCUAAGGCGGCAGCCCGCCUGCCCCUCAAACUGCCCCUCAAACUGCCCACUCUGCACCCCAAAGCUGCACUCUCACCUCCACCUGCCCCCAAAGCAGUCCCCUUAAAGGCUCCGAGCCCUGGCCUGGAGGCACCUAUUCAGUCAGAAAUGUACCCGGUGCUGCCUUCCACCCGGGCUCUGCUGUAUGACGGCAUCUCCCAUGACCUCCAGGGGCGCUACCACUACCUCAACACCCGAAAACUGGACUUGCCAGAGAAGCGUUACCUCUUCCCCAUCACCACCAACUUCACGUAUGGCUGGCAGCUGGGCCCCCCAGAGAAGCAAGAACUAGUCUCCUGCAAGAUGUGCCGCACUGAAUCGUUCUUCCGCAAGAACGGGGUUUUCGCGCUGCUUGACUCCCGAGACCUGGCCCUCUGA